AUGUUCUUUAUUUUCAGCAAUUUUUCAAGAGUCCCUCAUCUCGCAGGAACAGAACAAAAUUUUCUUCUCGCAAAACAAAUUCAAGCCCAAUGGAAGGAAUAUGGCUUGGAUAAAGUAGAACUGGCUCAUUACGAUAUUCUUUUAUCAUACCCAAAUAAGACAAGUCCAAACUACAUCUCAAUUAUUGAUGAUUCUGGCAAUGAGGUAAAUCUUAAACAUUGAGCUACCUGCAGUCUGUUCUGCAUGUCUUCCCUAAUCUAUAAAUGUUUUAGAUAUCUUCUUUUAAUUUUCUUUCUUUGUAAUAAAACGAAGUAUUUUGUAGAAUUGAAGUAAAGUAUGUUUAAUACUUACAUUUACGAGCAGGAGAAACCUUCACCUUUGUGGAUAUUACAUUACUGGAUAAGAUAUUAAAAAUAAUUUAUAUCUUGUUAACCCAUUUUUUUUUUUUGUGAUGUUUUGUUUCUUUUUAAUUGCUUAUAGCAUGUAGCCAUUGACAUCACAAUCCAGUUCAUUCAAGGCACAGGCAGGGCACACAUUGCACUGGAGGGGAAGAAAUGUGUAACUUUGUUUAUGUUUCGUCUACUCUUUUCAUGCUGAUGUGUAGAUGCAAAGAACAUAAUUUAAAACAAAAACUGUCAGGGAGCCACUACGGAUUGCCAGUCAAUAUAAGUUGACAAUGAAUGGAUGUAGUUGUGGUGACUUUGAGAAACACACUGUAAAAUUUAAGCUAAAAAGGCUAGUUUUUUAUUUAUUUUUUCAAUUUUGCAAUUUGCAAGUUUUUAUCAUUUGGGCUCUUUCGUUAUCAUGACUCACUUGUUAGUGAAUUAGUGAAUGUAGUGUGAACUGACUUGCAAAGGCUAACAGGGCUAAUUAAUUUCUGUAGAUUCUCUAGUGACCAGAAGAUGAUGGUUAGUGAAUACAAUCCAUUGUUUAACAAUUCCUAAGAAUAGCUAUGGUGUUAUCAACUUAGAAUUAUUAACGUUUAACAUCAAUAAUGUUUAAUUAGUUUAGUCUUUUUAUAAUUCCAUAUUUAAUUAGAAAUGUUUGACAAGUGUGUGUAACGAAAUGCUAUAUUGAAUAAAAUAAUGUAAAGGACAAAGUAUGGAUCCAGUUAACUUCUUAAAUCUUUUUUGUUGACCUUUUGUAAAUGUGACUUUUGAAAAAAAUCACUGUGCAGAUAAAAUGUACUGUCUAAUGCACAUUGAUGGAUAAUUUCCGCAACAUUUUAAUGGUCUUCAGAGGAAACAUUAUAUGGCACUGCAGUAAAACAAACUCAUACAGUGCCAUGCUUACUAAUCAGAUUUAUGUUGUGUGGAAAUGGAUACAAUUUUCCAAAUGAUCUUGUGACUGUCCCAUGAUGUAAAUCAAAAUACAAAUAUAUUUCAAAUAUAUGGAAAUAAUACAUCUAUAUCUGUAUUUCCUGUAAUGAAUGUCUCACAUCAAGGCUAGAUUCUAUAGUGAACUGGGAAGAUGGAUCAUUUAUUUUAUAGGUCUGAAACAGGUUGUAUUGAAUUUCUUGAGCUCUAGUCUAGUGAAACCAGGAUGAUGCUUAAAAAGAAACCUGGAAUUAACAGCAGUUCAAUGGUUAUUGAGUAGCAAAGCUGAGCAAAUCUGGUUAUGACUACAGACUAAAAGAUUACUAGACUCCAGGUGACUGGCAAGAGGAGAGCAUGCAGUGCUACCACUCACGCCGUUUACUUCAUGUAGCUUGGCCAAGCAAACCAUGCAGCAGAAGAAGAUAUUCAUCCUAUACCCAGUCUAACAGGAAGUGUUCGCUGAGAGCACCAAAGAGCUUCCUCUCAAUCCAGGUAAAGGAAGUAGAGGUUCUUCUGCCACGGUCUGCUUGGCCACUCUACAUGAAGCUAGAUAAGCAGGUGCACAAGGGGGGGGAAGAGAGAAGGGCACACAAAAGGGCCUGGGGAGGGGGGGAACAGUGACCCAGAGAUGAGUUGGGAAGGGGACUAUGACACACAGAGAGGCCAGAGAUGGGGGCAAUGACAUACAGAGGGGCUGAGAAAGGGGAAUAUGACACACAGAGGGGCUGAGAAGGGGGAAAUGACACACAGAUGGGCUGGUAAGAGCACAAUCAUACACACUUUGGGGGGGGCUGGGGAAGGGGACAAUAACACUGAUGGGCUAAGAAGGGAACAAUGACAUGCAGAGGGGCUGGGAAAGGGGACAAUGACACGCAGAGGGGCUGGAAAAGGGGACAAUGAUGCACAGAGACUGAGGGGAGAAAAAGAUGCACAAAGGAACUGGGGAGAAGUAAGAGACACAAAGGGGAUGUGGGAAUUAAGACAUAAAAAGUAGGAAAGUAAGAGACACACAAAGGAAGUGUAAGACAAAAAUGGGAAAAUUGGGGAUAAGAUACACUAAAGGGGGAUGUAAGACAUGAAAUGGGGUUGAGAUACACAAAAAGGGGUAAGACAUUGAAAAAAUAACAUGCAAAACACAAAUCAAAUCAAUAUAUAACUGUCAGAUUGAUGGGUGGUGAAGAUAAUCUAGGGAUUCAAUAACCAUGACACAUUAGCCUUGAGGAAUCAGUGUAGAACAUCUGCAUUGAUGGAUUACCAUAAUAUUCUAAUCUCAAAACACCACGUACAUGUUUGAUGCUGCUGGCUAGUAUUUUGUUGCUGAAGUAGGAUAAAGUAAUUCAAUCUAAUGAUGUGUUCAGAAUCCCCAAAACCAACCAGGGCCCCAAAGGAUGAAGCUAAGGAUUUAGAUGCCUUAUAAGUCGGAGGAGUCAUUUUUUACCUUCUAUCCAGAUUUAUCAAGAGGUAAAUGAAACCCUGAGGCUAUUUAUACAAUUAUUAUCAUCACCACUGAACAUCCAACGGAGAUAAGCAGACAAUCAUCAGUGGACAUUGCUAAUAUAUGAUUUACUUUCAGACCUUAACAUAUCUUCUCAGAAAUGGCUUUAUCAAUGUGUUUUCAUGCAUUGAAAAAGAACUCGGUUUAUGCCUACAGCCAUGAACAUAACUUUCGAAUCCCCCUGGUAACAUGAUUAUCAGGGCUGUUGUUUGUUUGGGUUGUUUUAUGCAUAAUUAUAACAUAUUUCCAUUUUAGUUUAUCCUUAAUUUGCUAUGUCAUUUAGAAUAGAUUACAGGAUAUUGAUUUCUAUAUAAGCUUAGACCCUUUUGUGUCAACAGCGGCCAAUCUUACUGCCAGUCUUACUUUAGAUACCUCUAUAACAAAAGUGUCAAACUGUAUAAUCAUAACAAUGUGUUUUUUAAUUGACUAACUUAAUAUUGAUAUCUAGUUUAUUUCAUAUUUGAUUUGUAGACUGACACCAAAUCUCCCCACACAACUAUUUAUCUAUAAUGGGAGCAAAUUGCAUAUUAUAUUGGUAAAGACAUUAAACAUAGUUUUGGGAUUACUUAGAGUGUCAUCUUUAGCAAAGAUGGUGCACAAUGGACCUUUGAUGCUGCAGCUUAAAAGAAGUAAUUGGAGCAGGGAUGCUAGGACAUUUUAUUUAGCAUGAAACCCGGAAUGGGAACAGUGAGACAGUGAAUACCCGACACACAAAAUGGAAAAUUGGAAAUACAAUACUGUCUGCUUUACAUGGAAAUUGGGCACAAAACCGUAACUGUGACAUACUAAGUAUUGGUCCUACACUCUCCCAGGUAUCUCCUUCCAAAUAAACUAUAACCCUUCCUAUGUUCUCCUUGUCAGUGGUGCACAAUUGGGGCCUUGGUGAGGUGUAGAUAGGACAACCCAUAUAGGGUUAGUGAAUGCGUCUGCAAUCAGUAUGAGGCCUAGCUCCUUCUAGCUUUUCUUUCUCCUUCAUCGCUGCUUCUUCCAGGUCAGGAAACCUAAGGCUGGCACACAGGAUAUUCUGGAGCAUUGGAACUUAGCUAGACUUACACCUCAGAGAACAGCAGCCUCUUGCUCCGAGUGUAAGCCAGACUACAGCUAUGUAAACUCUUCAAGCUGACAAUAUGUCAGAGAUUCUUUCAGUUGGAGGAGUGCUGGCAAUGCUUUCAUGGCAGCUUACUGGGAUAAUGAUGGAAUCAUUUCUAGAUAGACACCCAGCUUUGGUACUACUAUGUGUUGGGCUUAGUCAUUGAGAGAGAUCCUCCUCUUCAAGAUCCUGUCAUCAAUCACUCACUUAUGUAUCUUCUGUAAAACCCGUUAAUUAUUUUUUUAAUGCACAUUGUCAGACAUCCCAACAUGCAGAAACGUAUUUCAGGGAGGUGGCUGCACCCCUGCCCCUUUUCCCCCUGUGCGUGCCCUCCCCCUGCUCCCCCCCACAUGUUGGUCCCUAUACACAGUCACACACAACCUAUUACUACUAUUUACACACACUAUUAACACACAAACACAUGCCCACACCUUGACACACAGAUACACACUGACACACACACUGGUAUAUACACAACUUGACACAGAUACACAUUCUGGCAUAUAAAGACAACUUGACACACAGAUACAUGCACUGGCACAUAAACACACAUGUCCACACUGGUACAUACACACAAACACAAACACACACACACACACACACUGGUACAUACACACAUAUGCCCACACUGACAAAUACACACACUGACACACAUACAUACACUCAGAUACACACACUGGCACAGACACACAUAUGCCCACACUUACGCAUCCACACAAAUACACACUGGAACAGACACUCUGAUACACGCACUAACACACACACACUGGUACAUACACACAAACACACACUGGCACUGACACACAGAUACACACUGGUACAUAUACACACUGACACAGAAUACACACAGUCUGACACACAUUGCAGCCACCUGUUAGCUUACUUUGGGGUCUGGGCUGAGGCUGAUGGGAGUGAACAUGUAGCUGUUCACUCCAUGCUUCCUGUGGUGGUGGUGGUGGUGGUGCUGCUGCAGCUGCCUCCUCCUCCUUCCUCCCAACUGGAAGAAACUGCAGGGGCCCGGUCAGGAUCUUAAAUGGCAAGGGCACUCGACCAAGUUACUGCUCAGAAAUAACACCCAUUGGGUGAGUAUUCAGUAUUUGGGUGGGGGCAGUUAAUGAGGGCAUUUUAACAUGUAAUAAUAUCCUUGAAAUUAAAAAAAACACACUCACUCUGACAUACAUUGUAUCACAUUGUAUUGUGUGUGUGAUUUCCGGGAUAUUACACAUGGUGUGCCGGUAUCAGGGAGCCGCAUUAAACAUGCGGGGGUCUCCUGGACCUACCAGGAUACUUGAGAUGUCUGCAUUCUUAAUCUUGUUUAAAACGCAUUCAUGCAUAUUUGCUUUGUUAUAUAUCUGAUAUAUAUAUUCAGAUCUGGGGAAAGCUGGUAGUUAAACAAGUGAUGAGAUUCCGUUAUAGUAAUAACUGAUCUGAAAUAAGAACCUGCUCUAUCUCUACUCCACAGCCAACGGCAAAAAAAAUGCUGUAUAUGUUACUGGAGUGCAUUUAGAUUAUUUAUGUUUAUACAUGACUUUCAUGGAUCACCCCCCAGGAGUAAAUAUAGACAAUUUACCUUAUUUUGCCAGAAUAAUUUUUCGGGUUGUCUCCACAUGGAUCUCACGCUGUUUGGUGCAAUUGAUAUGUUUCUCUGAUGAAAUGGUUUAACCUACCCGUCUACGUCAUAUAGAAACCGUUAUGAAUAAAAAGUAAUUCGGUGAACUUCUGCAGAAACUGUCCAUCAACAUGCAUUAUAGAAACAUUAAGGAGUUGUAUCGACAAAUAAAUCGGGAGCAACUAUAUGGAAACCAAAAGAAUGUCUCACAUUCCACUGGGUUCCGUUGACACUGUUCCUCUCUUUGAACUCUCUAUAGGUCUAAAAAGACUUUCAUUUUAGACAUAUUAAAUAGAAUUUAGGAGCCCAAAAAGACUAAUGUAUGAUUGAUUAUAAAUUCCUGAUUUUUAAAACCACUCAGAAGUGUCGGCAAAAUUUGUAGUCACUGGGAAAAGUGGGGGGGAAGUCAUGAAACAGAUGCCGCAUGUGUACAAAACUUCAAUUUUACAUUAAUAUUUACUGAUGUGCACAGUAACAUUAGUCCUUCUACAUCUCUUGUGCUAUGGGUGACAUGAAAAAUAACAUAUUUCCAAAUAUAUAUUUUUCCAAAACCUCACUAUGACUUGCUGUCAGUUCUUGCCAAGAGAAAAUAUUCUCACUGAAUCUCAUACAGACAUAGCAUGAAAAAAAUCCUUCUCACAAUCUGAAAUACGCUCACUGAAAUGCCACGUCUUCACUAGAAUAACAAAAAAAAAUUCUCAACAAUCACAGACAUUCUUAGACACGUCUGUAGCAUUAAAAUAACUGGUUUUAUUCAAUAAACAUGUCCUUGUGGUGAAAUCUUUAAUGGAGCGUUUCAAGUACCAUAACCACUGUGUUGAUUUCUAUAUUUAAUUUAAUUUUACAGUGCACUGUAGUAAUGAUACCAGGAGUGCCCUCCUCUCUGAGAGACAAAUGCUCUUAACUUUGAGCUAGCCCGGCUGUGCUGGGCUUAGCUCAUUGGCUUUGAGUGAUCACAUCGGUUGAGAGUGAUCAGGUCAGUUGAGUUAGCGGAAGUUUUAGCAAAAAGUGACAGUUGCCCACCGCCCCCAGGUAACACAUCAAACUGUUAGCAAACCGUUUAACUAAUUACAUUGGUGGGGUGCCAGGGUGCUUUUGGCACCAUAACUACUACAGAAUCCUGUAUUGGUUAUGACACAUAGAGUGUUCCUCUAGGGAAUUUAUGCAAAAAUAGCUAGAUGUUUGGUUUAUGUUGUUUUUUUGAUUUUGUUCUAUUUUUGUUGUCACAAUACUGUUAUUUGUUAAUAACCUCAAAUUUGUCUGUAGCCCACCAUCUGAUGUGCCCUGUGCACUGGUAAAGCUAGAAUAAUCAGUUGUUUCAUUUCAUAAAGGUUUUCAGGACAGCUUUAUCUGAACAAACACCGGCUGGAUAUGAAAAUAUAUCAGAUGUCGUCCCACCGUAUAAUGCAUAUUCAGCACAAGGCACUCCAGAGGUAAUGAUAAUGAUAAUGUAAACAAGCGAUUUAUUAGAUAGAUUACAGUUUGGGCUACAAAUAAACAUUUAUUAAAUGGGCACUCUAAGCUCCAUUAAUAUUAUGGAUCAUGGUAGUGACUAUGGUGCUAUGAGCCCCAUCUACCAGUUUAAUAGUCAAUUUAUUUUAUAACAGUUUGACAAAAACCCAUUGUCUAUGCAGCCGGAUGCAUAUGAGUUCUUAAGCAUUAUCUUUAUUAUCCUUCUAAACUCGAUCAACAAUUGCCAUCCCAGACAGAUUUAUAAAGAUAAUGCAGUAGUAUAAUUUCAACUUUAUGCAUGCAGCUGCCGAGAGAACACUCGGUCAGUGCCAUGGAAAACUCAAUUUCUUGUCAAAAUGCUACUUUAUACUUUAUUCGCUUCAAAACACCUACCUGAAUAUGGCCUCGAUUAUUGAAUAUUGUUAGGCAAGCUUUCCCAAUGGUUUAAUAUUUUUGUAUAGACUAUAAAAAUUAUUUAAUUUUAUGAAAAAUAUUUUAAUAUUGUAAUAUUUAGAUUUUCGAUAUAUUGAGAUAGGUUUUAUUUAUGAUAUAUUUUUAAUAUGUUGUUUUGCAGGGCGAGCUAUUGUACGUAAAUUAUGCCCGCACAGAAGAUUUUCACUUCCUUGAACGCAAUUUAAAUAUUAGUUGUCGUGGAAAAAUUCUUAUCGCAAGAUAUGGAAAAAUUUUCAGAGGCAACAAGGUACGUGCCAUUCCUUCAUACCUAAUUAUGUUCUCGAUCAACUCAAAAGGAACACUCAACACACCUAUGUCAGAUGCAUGUCAUCUGUUUUUUAUUUUACCAAAAAAUGCAGAUUUCAAUAGAAAUUGGCACUUAUUGAUUAAAUUUGUUACACCCCCCUGGCAGUCAAUAGACAACAGGUCCUGUUUCUUCCUGUUUUUUGUGCCCAGAGCACCUGCCUAGCCAAGACUUCUCCGUAAUCUGCAUUGCAAAGUUUGGAAUUGGACAGCAACACAGUUGGGCUAAGGAAGAAGAUGAGGUCAUGCAAGGCUGCAGACAAAAGAUUUGCAGCUUUUGCAAGCUGUUCUUAAUUCUUCCCCAAUGAUAAAAUGUAUAACAAAAUGCUUGCAUGUUUUAAUUGGGGGUAUAUCUACUAAAAAGUGAUUUAUUUAUUUUUUAUUUGGAAAGUGGAGUGUUUCCAGGCCAAGGUUCUAGAAUAAAAACCCAGUGAUUAACUUCACACACAUUAAUUGACAAUUUCAGCAGUUUAUUUUCAUUUGGAUAUCCAUUGAUUGGAAGAGCACCAAUCAAAAUUGCAAUAGAUAGCUACUGGAACCUACUGUUACUCCAUCUGAACACUCAAGGUUUCCAGUGACCAUGAAGUCUACCCAUCAAAUUCAACUUUCAGUUUUUAAUAUUUGCUAGAAUCUUAAAUUGAGAACUGCAGCUGGACUUUUGGACCAUACUGAAUUAUUAAAUAGGCAUUUUAUUUUUCAAGGUCAAGAAUGCACAAAACGCAGGUGCUAUGGGAUUAAUUCUGUAUUCCGAUCCAGCCGAUUACUCUGCACCUGGUGUUGAUCCCUACCCAAACGGAUGGAACCUUCCAGGUGAUGGUGCCCAGAGAGGGAACAUCCUUAAUGUGAAUGGUGCAGGAGAUCCCUUAACACCAGGCUAUCCUGCAAAAGGUGAGUCUGACAUUAAAGAGUAAACCGAAUGCUUUAUUUAUAUUAUAAUGGGAUUAUGUGGUGUGCUGCAGGGAACAUUGUUCUGCGACUGCUCUUUAUAUAUUUAUGCAUCAUGUAUAGAUGACACAGUGGCAAUUUUGUACCUAUUUCCAAGUGGAUUGUGUUAUACUUCAGAAUAGGCAGAAUAGGCAGAAAUACUUCAGUUAUUUGAAGUUGCUCUGGUGAUUGGAGUCUGUAUGCGCAGUGUUUCACUGAGACUCACUGUAACUCCCCCUCCCUCAGCUAUGGCUAAUGUUAAAUCUGUGCAUAUUUGGCAUCUGUUGUUAGCGAGAGGGAGGGCGGAGCAAAGAGGAGGGAGACAGAGAGCAUGGACCCAACUCCCAUCACUCACAGCAUCCCCCCAGGCCCCUGGGAAGCCAUUCUCCUGCACCCAAAAGUUAUGGGCUUAAAAUAAGUAAUGUGAUUUUUGUGUGUAUAUGUUAUCUGUGUGAAUGUGUUAUCUCUGUGUGUGUGUACAGGUUAUCUGUGCAUGUGUGUUAUUUGUGUGUCUGUGUGCCUGUGUGUGUCAGUGUUUGCAUCUGUAUGUCAUUAUGUGUAUCUGUGUCAGUGUAUCUGCAUGUCUGUGCCUGUGUAUCUAUGUGUGUCAGUGUGUUUAUCUGUAAGUGUGUCUGUGUGUCUACAUGUGUGUCUUUGUAUUUGGAUGUGUCAAUGUGUGUAUGUGUAUAUGUAUAUGAGUAUACAUCUCAGCAUGCAAACUCCAACACUACAUACAAAUACACUCCUGCAUUCAAAUGUCAACACCACAUACAUACAGUCCUACAUUCAAAACCAAACACUGCACACAAAUAAACUACUGCUUUCAAAUAGAAACAGUACAUAACAACACACAACACAACACAACACACAAAUACGCCCCAACAUUCAUGCACACAUACUCCAUACAAAACAUGCUUAUCUUGAAACAUACAAACACUGCAAAGUACAAACCUUCAAGGAUGGGAAAAUGGCAGAUCCCAAGCAGACAAAGCAUUGUGGGAGUUGAAUGACAGUUGAGAUUCUCCCUUUAUGGCCACCCUUGCAAUGGGGGGGCCAAAAAAAAAAAAUCUUGCACCAGGGCCAUCUCUGUUUUUUUAUUUAUUUUUUUUUUUUUUCAAUUCAAGAAUUUUGAUUUUCUUUUUCAUCAAGGUCAAAACAUGAGGGUACUGUGGGGAUAUUUAUGGGAUAAUAAUAGUAAACAGUUGAGAAUUGCCCACUAAUUAAAUUAAAGAACGUUUAUCGUGUUAAGUGGAAUGUAUUUCAUAUAAUUGAUAUCACAAUGUAUAAAAAUAGAUUUUAUUUAUGAUAACCAAUAAUUAACAAAUAAUAUUAUGUAACAUGCAUGACAAUAAUCAAUGAAUAUUCAGUAUAAAAUGGUAUGCAAUACAAAGAAAUGGGUAUUACGUUUCAAUGGCUAAACGGCAUUUCCUGUCAAGAAUUCUGACGAUUUAUGACUAGCUUCCACAGACUGAAAGUGAAACUUUUCACACAGAGAACAGAAUUCCUCAGAGUGCAGCGUAAGGUCGUAAAGUUUAGCAGACAGUUAGAAUAACCCUUUCAAUGCUGGCUAGAUCUCCUAGGUAGUUAAGAUCUAUUCUUAUGUAAUUUUUAAAUAAAAUAACAUUUAAACCAGUUUAAAUUCAUUUUCUUAAACCAUCCAAUAAGAGAAUCUACAUAUUAUAUAAGCAGAUUUUAAUUUGUCUAAAAGAUAUCUAUCUUAAUUUAGAGCAAAUCAAUACACCUGGAUAAAAACAGCGGUAUGCUAACACGUGAUAAUAUCACAUCAAUAUAUAAUUAUUCUUAAUUCCACCUGCAGAAUGGAAUGUUUAUAACUAUAUAUUCUUAGUUAACUAAGAUUUCUUAAUAUGGAAAUCUGACCGUGCUUUAUCCAGUCAUAUAUAAUGCUAUUAAUAUAAUUUAAUUAAUUUAAUUAAUUAAAUGAAACCAGUAUAAUUACCAGUUGAGUAGAUAUUUCAUCCGAUUGGUAGUCUCUCUGCAUGGAGGUGUUGGUUAGAAAGUCAGUAAAUUCUAAGUGUUAGAGUUUUAGGAGUAGAGUGUUAGUCUCAGAUGUUGUCCGAGUUGGAAUCCCCAAACUUCCAAUUCCUCUCUCCUCUCCUUUGCAUAUCUUGCAUCUGCCUCCCCUCUCGUAUAUCUUGUAUCCUCUAUCUUCCCUUUGUCCUAACUUUUAAAGGGCCAGACUCUCUGUACGUCAUCAGUUGAUAACCCAAUAGAAGCACUAGAGGUGUGGUUAUCUUCCAGAUCGCAAAUUAGUUAUUUGGUCUGUAGAGGGCAGUCUUGUCCCACUAAACAUACCUAUCCAGGAAAGAGUUAACUUUUCCUGGUGGCUAUUUUGACGUCAUUUUGCGUUAUCUUUAUAGCGCCAUAAUUUAAAAUUUCAAAGGAUUUCUUAAAUUUUGUCCAGACUUAGCGUCUGCAAUUCCUGCCAUAAUUUCUGAUAUGACAGAUCAUGAACUAAGUUUACCCUUUUCCAUACAAUGGUACCUUAUAUAUAUAUAUAUAUAUAUAGACCGUUAAAUAUUAAAUUAUUUAAUCUUCUCUGUCACCAUUGUCUGGGUUUAGAUUUGAUUAUAUUCUUUUAGCAUUAGACAGUCUGUCCAACCCCCUUCCUUAUCACUUGUUUAUACUAUGCAUUCCUUAGCUCUGGCAAAGAGGCCAGUCUUACAGAAAGAAAUCUAGUGUCUUCUUUGUUAAUUUGAAAUAACAAAAUGGAGUCUGGUCUGUUCAGAGUGACUCAGAAUAUACACUUUUAGUGUCUAUCAUAGCACAAGAUGUCUGCCGAUAUAAAUACUCUGACAGUACAGAAAGGAAAAAGUUAUUUUUUUACCAGGGAGAAAGAGUCAUCCAUUACAUACAUAUGUUCACACGAUAAUAUACUCACCAUCAUUGGAUUGAGUACAUCGUAUGUGACACUUUUAGAAAACAGAUACAUUCAGAGACUAGGGUCAUACCUUGGUUGUGAAACCCUGUUGGUUAUUAAGCAUACAAGUUGGUGUACAGCUUUUUCCCACAGUCUUGGUAUUUGUCGUGGGCCUGCCUAUGUUUGGUUAUUCCCCCCCACUCCCCGCCCUCUGAAGUUAUCUUUUAUGUUAAUCUCCAGUUAUUAAGGAGGUAAGAGUGAAACGUGGGGGUGGAGUGUCUCUACAUUUUGCUCCAGGGCUAGAGUUCACUCUCGCGAGAUUUGGAGCAUUGCCGUGGUAACCGCGGCAACGCUCCGUGCCCUCGAGAGAAGGACCCGGAGGAGCUGCAGGCUGAGGUCCCGGGUCCUUUCUCCCUCGGCUGCCGCACAGUGCCUGCGGACCGGGGAGGGAGAUCUUUGAUUGUCCAACUGCCAGCCCUGCAUUAGCCGGCAGGGGUGAAUCUCGGGGGGGCAAUUGCCCCAUUGCCCCCCCCCCCCGGAUCCGCCAAUGGUAUGGCUGAGCAUCACUGCUGGUAGUCAUGGGUGUAUACAACUGUGUCUGGUUGUGGGUAUUAACCUUUCUAUCUAUGGUUGGUUGUUUCAUGGGAUAACCCUCUUCCCCCUAGCACGGGGCUAACUUUAACUAUAUACACUAUAUAUACAACAUGGGAUUAUCGCAAAGCUAGAGUCCGCGAGACCUCUGAUUAUCAGCAAAAAUGUAUAUAGCUAGAGAGUCAUGUUGUGCCUUUUCACUGUGGAGAGGGCAUCUAUGGGCUCUGGUGAAUUUUUUUUUUUUGUCUUCCCUCCUCUCUCUCAACUUCCAGUCAUGUCAUGGGUCAUGGGUUGUGCUAGGUAUUGUCUCCAUUUCGCUUUGAGGUCUGAUAUAUGUUUCCCCGAGCUAAGGUGCGUUCUUGCCAUAUGUUCAUAAUCUAAGUUAACUGUGAUAUGCUGUAUAAGGGCACUCCAUUAUGGGGUAUCUGCCACCCUCCAUGCUCUUGCUAUUAGUGUGACGGCUGGUAUCAGGAUAUGGAACACUAAUAUGGAGUCACCGUGCUGGAAAUCUUUUAGUCCCAUAAAUAGAAGCCCAUGUUUGGGUUUAAGUGUAAAGUCCAUUUGUACUAGGUCUGCGAUCAGUUCCUCCACUUUAUUCCAGUAUGGUCGGAGGUGCAUGCACAUCCACCAAAUGUGAUGCAUUGUACCCUUGGCUAUGCCGCAUCUCCAACACCUGUAUGUUGUCCUAGGGUAUAUGCGUGCCAGCCUUUCAGGCACCAUGUACCAUCUGAAGCCUAUUUUCCUGCUUUGUUCUAUGUGUGUGGCGCAUGCUGUCCUACCUCUAUGGGCUGUAAAGGACUAUCUCCAUUGGCUUUUGGCAAUAAUACAGUGGCCUGCCUGGCCUGUUGAUGUACAUAUGGUGGGGUUGUGGUGCGCUUAAGUAGCGGGUUAUAGCAGAGGGACAUCGCCUUCUUUGGAGUGUCGUUGGCCAGACAUAUUUUUUCAAAGGGAGUUAUGAUACCCAGUGAGUCGUUAAUCUGGGUUUGGUUGUAUAAUAUCGAUUUAAUUUGUAGAUAAGGAAAGAUUGCUCUUUGUGGGAGAUUAAACCUAGUUACUAAAUCUGGCAAUUGUAACAAUGUCCCUCUUGAGUACAAUUGUUGAAAAUGAUUACAUCUGCCCUCGCCCCACAAACGGUGGUCAAAUGUUGGAUAUGCAACUGUACACUAUAAAUAGGCGUUGUGGGUGACCAGAGUGCACUAGAGCACAUCAAGUGUUGAACUGAGUCCCAGGUUUUAAGUAACUAGUCUGUGGUUCGUAGUAUUGAUUCCAACAUUGGUCUUUGCUGCUUGGGUAUCCAAAACAGAUAUUUCAGUUCUGUUCGUUGUGGUCAGUGAGACUCUAUCUCUACCCAUUGCGGUGGUUGCUGCUCGUCAUGGGAUGUCAGAAUAGAUGACAAUAUAGCUGCCCUGUAGUAUAGUCUAAUGUUGGGUAAUCCCAGCCCUCCCUCGUCAACCGUUAGAUGCUCACUCCGCUUUCAUUCCCAUCCCCAUGGCCUGGGUUUUUAGCACAUUGAGUUUAUAAUAUGAAUUUUCUCCAUAAACCGCAAUUUUGUUUAGAAAAUUUGGGAGGAAUAUUUGGGGUUAUGUUAGAGUUAGCAAUACGUCAUCGGCAAAAAGGUUGGCUUUAUACUCUUUGCCUCCAAUUCGGAUACUCCGUAUGGAUUUGUUAUGUCUAAUGCGGUGUGCCAAUGGUUCUAAUGCCUCAUCAGCUUCCUGCCCUCCCUCCCCUUAUUUGUUUCAUGUUUGUCUGCGUGUUUUAUCUGUCACAGCUUGGUUGCCCAGUACACCCUGCAGGUGUGGUGGGUGCCCAGAAGGCAUUGUGGGAGCCCAGCGUGCACAUGGGAGCCCAGGGGGCAUCUUGGUGGUGGCGGCGUGCUUCCGGUUAUGGCCAUAUUUGGGCAUACAGUUACCUUAAUUGGGCCAAUACACCUGUAACCCUAUAUCCAUUAGGGGGUAUAUAUAGGUGUACUGGCCUAGGGGAAAGACAUGCUGCACCUGAGGAAGACCACAAUUUGGGUCGAAACGUGUUGUGCUAUUGGAAGAUUUGUAUUUUAUUUUGUUUUUGUAUAUAUUUAUGUGGAUAAAAUUCCCACUUUUGAAUAAUUCGUUGGGUUCCUGUGAAACUGAAAAUCUGAGGACCUUCAAGGAGAAAAGAUCCAGUAUAUCCCAUUAAGUGGAUGAAAUGCUUCUAAAGUCCAGAGCCUAACUUAUGUGGCUCUGGAUAUUGUGAGUGUACCUUUUUCCCUUUACUACAGUAUAUAUGUGUUUAACCCCUUAAGGACUGGACUGUUUUUGCGAUGUUGUACAUUUGCGACCAGGCAUAUUUUUACACUUUUGUGGUGUUUGUGUUUGGCUGUAAUUUUCCGCUUUCUCAUUUACUGUUCCCAUACAAAUUAUAUAUUGUUUUUUCAGGACAAAAGGGGCUUUCUUUACAUACCAUUAUUUAUAUAAUCUCAUGUAUUUUAAUUUAAAAAAAAUAAAAAAAUAUGAUGAAAAAUUGAAAAAAAUACAUGUUUUUUGACUUUUACUUGAAAAAUCUUUUACUCAUCUACAAAAGCGAAUGAAAAAAACUGCUAAAUAGAUUCAAAAUUUUGUCCUGAGUUUAAAAAUACCAGUGUUUACGUGCUUUUUUGCUUUUUUUGCAUGUUAUAGGGCUAUAGGUACAAGUAGGAUAUUGCGGUUUCAAAACAUACAUUUUUAAAAUUUAUCAAUAGUGACAUUGUAACACUAUUAUCUGUCAUAAAUCUCUGAAUAACACCCCACAUGUACAUAUUUUUAAAGUAGACAACCCAGGGUAUUCAAUAUGGGGUAUGUCCAGUCUUUUUUAGUAGCCACUUAGUCGAAAACACUGGCCAAAGUAAGCAUUCAUAUUUGUUUGUGUGUGAAAAAAGUAAAAAAACUAAAUUGAACGCUACUUUUGGCCAGUGUUUGUGACCAAGUGGUUACUAAAAAGACUGGACAUACCCCAUUUGCAAUACCUUGGGUUGUCUUCUUUUGCAAAUGGUAUGCCAUCAUGGGGGUAAUUCUCAUUCCUGGGCUACCAUACGCUCUCAAAGGCAACGUAACCAACCUGGCCAUUUUCAAUGUAAAAUAUUUGACCCAUAUAUUUGACCUUGUAACUUUCAAAAAUGCUAUAAAACCUGUACAUGGGGGUACUGUUUUACUCGGGAGACAUCGCUGAACACAAAUAUUAGUGUUUAAAAACUGGAAAACGUAUCACAACAAUUAUAUCAUCAGUAAAAGUGCUGUUUGUGUGUGAAAAAUGCUAAAAAAGUAACUUUCACUGACAAUAUCAUCGCUGAGAUAUGUUUUACUGUUUUGAAUUACUAAUAUUUGUGUUCAGCGAAGUCUCCCGAGUAAAACAGUACCCCCCAUGUACAGUUUAUAGGGUGUCGUAGAACGUUACAGGGUAAAAUACAGUGCUAGCAAAUUAAAUUCUCUGGAAUUUCGGCCUGGGUUGGCAGGCAGGUCCCUCAAAUUGCAAUCAAUAAAAUUACUGAAUUAUGUAAUAAUAUUACAUAAAUACGCACGUAGAAUUUAAAUAUAUAUGCAUAUUUAUAUAUUUGAAGUCUACGUGUAUAUUUAUAUAAUUAUUUAUGUAAUUUUGUAUAUGGACAUAUGUAUAUUUCGUAUUAUUUUUAUUUAUUUAUAUAUACAUAGAUAUAUAUACAAAUUCAUUCUAAGUGUAUUUUGAUAUAUAUAUAUAUAUUAAUUUUAAAAUACAGUUAGAAUAAAAUUUCAUAUAGAUAUAAUUUUUUACAUUUUUAUUAUUUAAAAAAAAUUAUUUAAUUUAAAUUACUUAUUAUUUAUAUUUUAUAAUAUAUAUAUAUAUAUAUACAUAUAUAUAUAUAUAUAUAUAUAAUAUAUAUAGUUAUUAUAUAUAUACGUGUUUAAUUUAAUUAUAAGUGUAUUUUUAUAUUAAUAUAAGUACAUAUUAAUAUAAAAAUACACUUAGUAUGGCAUUAUAUAUAUGAUAUAUAGACAUAUAUUAUAUAAAUAUAAUAUGUCUAUAUAUCAUAUAUACACAUAUAUAAUUAUUAUUUUUUUUUUUAAUUAACCUUAACUUUAUUUUUAUUUUUGAUUUUACAGUUGCAGGGAGACUGCCUGUCAGCACAGACAGUCCCCCUGCAGGCAGACACAUGGACACUUAUUGUGACCAUGUGAUCGCUGUGUUAAGCGAUCACAUGGCCACAGGGGUCCUAAUUCAGUGUGGGGGAGACUGUCUGGGCUGCAGGCAGUCUCCCCACAACCGGAGCAACGCUGAUCGCCGCCGGGGGAACGACGGCGAUCAGGUAAGUAACGGAGACCGUUAGGACGGUUCAGGACCGUCAUCGGUCGGCAAGCCAAAAAUGCCGAUGACGGUCCUGAACCGUCCUCGGUCGGGAAUGGGUUAAGCAGUAUACACUAUGCUGUGCUUUCUAUUCUUAUAUAUAGGGUCCACAGUUAAAGAGUUAUAACGGUCAAUAGGACCAAGACAUUUGCAUGUAAAAAGGUAAAAAAUAUUACUGUCUGUGCGCUAUCACCUUUCUUUGUCCGUGUGGUGGUAUAUGGCCAUUGUCAACUGGGGUUUGGACCAGCGGUCCGUGGAAAGUGGAUGGGUUGGGCUGUCCCUCCACUAACCUCAGAUACAGUUAUGGAUAACGGACGUGUCCACUGAGCCAAUAAGUGGCUAGUGGUUAGCAUUACGAAAUGGAAGGACCAAGAAAAAGCCUUCUACUGGUUGGUAUGAAGGGGAGGGGCAGAUGCCCUAAGUUAUGUUUGGUUGGCAAGGUGGUACUCAGGGAUGUAUCUAUUUACUGAGUAAUUAUGUAUAUAGUGUUUGUUACGUUGAAGUUUUAAUAUUUAUAAUAAAACUGUGGCCUAUUUACUCCAAAGCAAGCCUGUUGUGGUUCAUUUCGGGAACAAGUGGUGGGUUUAUCAAUGGUAAAGGUUUUAUGCCUGUACACAGUUACCCUCUACCUAUGCACAUGACUGAAGAAGAUAGUUUUCCAUAAAGGAAUAUGUUUUGACGAUGUGAGCGCUUACCUGUUUAUUGUUUAUUAAAGACAAAUGUAAUGAGGGAUAUACAUUUACUAUGGAAAAAAACAAGCAUAUAAUUAUUUUAAAAAAUACAAAAAAGUUUGGUUUUAGUUUUUUCUUUUCUAUAUAUAUAUAUUUAUAUAUAUUGAUGUACUCUACUUUUCUCAGCAUAUGUACAUAAAUACUCAGUGAAGACUUAUUUUCUUUUUUUUUUUUCAGAAUAUGCCUAUCGGUAUAAUGAAAGGGAUGGAGCAGGGCUCCCCAAAAUCCCAGUACACCCAAUAGGCGCUAAUGAUGCAGAGAAACUACUGCAGUAA